AUGGCUUCACAAGAGAGGAAGAAUGAAUUCAUCCGCCGUGGGAUCAAGAAGCCCAGCCCGGCGGGUACCCUCACUUUCGUGGGCCUCCGGUCACUGGACGUCUUGCUCCAGUACCAGCUCCUCUCCGGCGCAGGUACGGCCAUCCUCGACCGCGUAGGCCUCAACUAUGUGUCUCCCGGCCAGGUCGGAGCCCUAGGUCUGUCUACCUCAACCGGUUUGGCUCUCGUUGACCGGCUGGACCUCCCGCUUCCCCAUCUCCUUCUCCUCGGGAUGGCCGCAGGUUCCACGGCUAAGCAGGUCUACUGGCUUGUUUUCGUGUCCAAGGAGGAGUUCCCGGUAUCCAAUGCCAUCCCCAUUAGUGUAUUCAACAGUGUCGUCAACACCUUGUGCACCGGCCUCCUCCUCGCCGGCGUUACCAGCUCAGCAACUGCGCCGAGCUUCCCUGGGACAUCGCUCCCCUAUCCCUACAUUGCCGGUCCCAUCUUAUACCUGCUUGGAAUCGUAACCGAACUUGUGUCUGAGAUUCAACGCAAGAAGUUCAAGGAUGAUCCGAAGAAUAAAGGCAAGGUCAUGACCAGCGGCCUCUGGCAGUAUGCGAGACACAUCAACUACGGUGGAUAUGCCAUCUGGAGGGCGGGUUACUUUGUCACAGCUUCUGGGCUGGCUGCGGGAUUGCUCAGCGGUUCUUUCUUCGUUUGGAACUUCAUCCAGAACGCGAUCCCGGAGUUGGAUGCAUAUUGUUCUGGCAGAUAUGGAGAACAGUGGCAAAAUUUCAAGAAGAGUGUCCCUCACGUCCUGUUCCCAGGGCUUCUUUAG